AUGGUAUCCGGUCUAGGCGUCCAGACAGAGACGGAGAACGAGGAAGUCAAGCUAGGCUGGACGGAAUUCGAAGGCGGUUGGUACGCGUUGUCCGGCUUCUCGAAGACCAAGCAUGGGCACCUUGAGCUCAAGGGGUUCAUCAAGCCAGACGGCCACCUUUUCGUCUUCAAGGCCGAAGAUGUCAUCGAUGCCAGCGAGGAGUCUUCGCGCGCUUCAGCGGGCACGGAGAAAGGGGUGAACAAACCAGCGGCAAGGCGGAGGAGAUUGAAGUUGACGAAGCCGACUAGGAGCCCUUUGAAACCCAUCAAGGUGCCGAAAAAAUCCGCCAUGCACCCCCAGCACAUCAGCGGGCCGAACUCGAUGCAAAACUGGGACGCCAUGAAAGGUUGUAGCGAGCUUAUGACCAACCUCAUCGACCAAGUGAGAACCACGUUGAAAGAAGAGUUUCCUCACGACACACCGCCGCUGGAGCCCCCGCAGACCACUCGGAAUGAAGCCGGCGAAUUACACACCGUGUUCUUCGCAGGAAGCACCAAGCUGGCUGAAAUUAUUUUCAAGAAGACCCGAACAAAGUAUGUCCGGUCGUACGCGCUCAAGCCCAAUAAGUAUGAGCCAGAAGAAGUCGACCGCAACUGCUUAACGUGGGUUCUCAAGUUCAUCAACCACGGGUCGGGCAUUGAGCCUCAUUGCUUCCUCAGAGGUGUGUCUGGUGCAGAGAAGGCGAACAAUCUCGAAUGCAUCGGAAAAUUCGGCGAUGGACUGAAGUCUGCGAUGGACCUCUUGGUUCGCUUGCUCGUCAACGUGGUGGUCACAACCGCCGGCUUCACGACCACGGCCGUCCUGGAAAGAGACGGGAACUCCUACAUGCAGCACAGCAUGAACAAGCAGACCGAGCGCCGGGUAGAUGUCACCCUGACGUUUUCGCCGGAACUUCCCCCUGACGGCAUCAACCCCGACCUGCUGGACCCCAUGUCCGUCUUCUUAUCCCCGAGCGAGGACGGCGUGAGCACCGUGCACGGCACCGUUCUUUUGGGCGAGGAGAUGAGGGGCAUGCUGCACAAUCGCGAUUUUCGGGUGGCAGAGAUGGGUUCGGCGUACCUGUUCGGGUUCAACCUCAAAGACCCUCGGCGAGACUUGAUCCAAGGCCGAGACAGAGGCGCGAUGAACCCGAAGCUGACACGAAAGGUGAUCAUCAUGCUCGUUCGCGAAGCCAUACUAAAAAGCUCAAGAAUACGACGUCGGAUCGUGCUGGCGCUCACACGGGGAGGCCAGUGGACACCCUACGGGGACAUUCAAGCGGGAGCGUGGGGCGAGGAAGCGAUCACUCUCAUUCAGAACGAGAACCUCGUCAUGUUCCCCGGCACAGUGCUAGCAAACCACCACCCGCCGAUCUGCGCGAUGAUCGCCGAAGUCAAGGAUCUAACGAUUAAGCGUUGUCACCAGUCCCUAGACCAGGGAAGCGCUCUCGUGAGGGACUUUGUCAAUGAAGUCCGCAGCUUACCGCGGGAGGACAUCGGGCAGGACGCUGCGGCGUCAGGGUGGGCCACGACAGUCAGGGAGGAGCUGCUCCGUUUGACGGGGGCGACGGAGUUCGCGGCCGUCGACUUCCCUGGGAAGCUAGGGACGAGACACGUCGUGUGGGUGGAAGCAGACGUAGUGCUUGUUUCCCGCAGGAGCCUGGCGGUAAACCUAAGGCAAGAGGACGUCAAGACCGCCAAGUAUCUGCUCGACACCAUUUCGUGCUCAAUGGAGCGGGAACUCUCCUUCGAAAAGCUGUCCGAGCGGGCCUUUGAGGUCUACCAUUUGAUCAUUUCCGCGUCAGCAGCAGCGCCUUCAAGCGAGGCGCCUAGCCCCUCGAACGGAGAACUGCUUGCCGACGGAGCCCAGGAGAAUGGAGCAAACCCUCAGCCGGGUGGACUGGGUGUGACGGGAGCAGCACCUGCGCCAGCGGACGCAACGGCCCCGGAGUCUGUUGGCAAGGGUGAGCAGGAUGGGGAAGGGGCAUCGGCGGCGGCGGCGGCGGCGGCGAACGAAGAAAGCGGGGAAGAAUCCGAUGGGGUUAGUGGGCGUGAGGUGAAUGAGGCCGAUGGGGAUGCUGGUGCAGCUGCCGACGACUCGUCGGAAGACUCUGGCCAAGGAGCACAAGCAAGGAAGAGAUCUUGCGACAUGGUUCGCGAGCAAGACUCGGCGGGAGUGGACACCGUCACAAAGCGCCAGAAACAAGGGGGUUCGGCGGAGGAAAACGGCAGCGGUACAACCCCUCCGAUUUUGGAGCAGUCCGCCCGCCUCGGAGAACAAGCUGCAAGGGCAGCUAUUUCUACCGUGUCCGUCAAGUUCGAGCCGAACGCAUCCGAGAUUGGAGCGUCUUCCCUACCGCAACAGCUCAACGGUAUCGAGCCAGCGCCAGCCUUGGGGCAACCUGGGUCUUCUCAACCCGAGGGGCUCGUCGACGGAACCGGCAUGAGCCAAGAAGCUGAGGAAGUGAAGAAUGGGGACCCCUUACCCUCGGCGCUUGGAGAGGGGGCUGCACCGAUCGUGCCGCUGGCAAGAAAAGGCGAAGAGCUAGGAGCGUUCCUGUCUGGAGCACUGAUUGUGCCCGCCCUCUCCCAUGUCUUGCAGGCCGAUAUCGGCGACGCGGGCAAGGCUGUCGACCUGUACAGGAUAGUUGGCUGCAAGGAGAAUGGGGAGAACGCGUCGGAGAGGUUUCGGGCGGUGUUAGCAAGCGAGCCCGCGAGAAGGGUGCUCGAGUCGGCAGUGAAGCAGCAGGGAGUGGACAUAAGUUUUUUUUGCUGGGACAAACCCGACGCUCUGCGCGGUUUUGUUGGACACGGUGGCCGGAUUUUUGUUAACUUGUCUUCGUCGAAAACCGUCCAUAAGUGGGCGGAGGAGGAUCUGCCUACCAUGCUGGCGCACGAGAUGGCCCACCUGAGGUCGUCCACGAGUGGCGACGUGCACUCCCACGCCUGGUCGGUUGAGUUCCGAAAGUGCGUGCGCUCGGAGGACUUUUAGACUUGGGCGGGGAACAGAUCGUGCCUCAUCCAGGUAACUGUGAGGUUAGCGGCGUUACAAGGCACGGUCACGUUGAGCAUCGAUGGGGUCUGCUGGUUGUGCGUACCGUACGUCGGUGGCGUGAAUGGGCUAUGUAGAUAGAGCUGUUGGGACCGGAAGGAGAAUAUAUUUUAUUGUUUUACGUAUUCCACGCAGUUGCGCGUGUCGAUGAUAUUUAGAUUUAUGUAUUGUUAUUUGAUUCUUCCAUGAUUUCACCAUGGAAGAGAUCUAGAUACAUGGUAGAGCAAGGAUCCAGGAGGAAAGGGAGGAGGGUAGCACAUGGGGAUGCUCAUCCAGUUCCGGUGCUGACUCUCCAAGAAAUAGAGAAAAUACCCGUCUUCAACGAAGUACUCGCAACCACUCACUGCUCUUCAUGCUGCGACGGAUGAGUGGAAUCGCUGGGCGUAACCUGACCC